AUGUGUUUACUCUUUUUAUGUGCUGCAAAGUGCUACCAAGACUUGUAUACAACAAUCAAAAUGAAGAUUGGGCGGCUUCAUGAGCUUACCAGAGCAGCAACAUACUAUGAAUUCUUCAACCUCGGGGAAAACUGUUCGGAUUCCGACAUUAAAAAGGCAUUUAGGAAGCUCAGAAAGAGUACGCCACCAACUAAUCUUACAAAAGACCAGUUCAAUGAACUAGUAAUGAAUGGAUACAGCGUUCUUAGCAAUUACAGACAGGCCUAUGACAAUUUUCUAAGAGAGUCGAAGUUUUUGUACAUCAACGAGCCUGAGAAUUUCAGAAACUACUUCUUCAUCAUCGUAAUUUCAGUUGUAUGCUUACUGGUUUUUAUUGAUUUUGUUGUGUAUGCUGUUAGGUAUUUGAAGUAUGUUGAUGAUCGUGAAAAAUAUAAGAAAAUGAAGAAGAGCGACACGCCUGCUGAUGCGAAGAACAUAAAGAAGAAACUCCAUGUCAAUCCUCCAACUAUGAUUUCUAAGAAAAUGGCUAACCAUAUUUCAUCGUUCUUUAGUAAAAGGCAAUAA